AAUUUUUCUAACAGGAGAAACAUUUACCAUGUGACCUUCAAUAUGGUUGCCUCUGGAGAACUUCAACCCAGCUUCAACAACGAAAACCUCUCUCACGUGACUGUUCAGAACCAGGAAAUGAAAAUAGCAAAAACGGAAUAUCAACAACUAUAACAAGUGGCUCACCGGGCAAUCGGAAAUACCUAUUUUGUCUGAUUUGGCGUAAUAUAAGGACAAGGAGACAUGGACGACACACUCUUCCAACUGAAGUUCACAUCAAAACAGCUUGAGAAAUUAGCCAAAAAGGCAGAAAAAGAUUCCAAGUCAGAACAGGCCAAAGUUAAAAAGGCUCUCCAGCAGAAGAAUGUAGAGUGUGCCAGGGUGUAUGCAGAAAAUGCCAUCCGCAAGAAGAACGAGGGCCUUAACUGGUUGCGCAUGUCGUCUCGCGUCGACGCCGUGGCCUCCAAGGUCCAGACGGCAGUCACCAUGAAAUCGGUGACUAAGAACAUGGCUCAGGUGACUAAGGCUCUGGAUAAGGCUCUGGGGUCCAUGGACCUCCAGAAGGUUUCUGCUGUCAUGGACAAGUUCGAGACACAGGUCCAGAAUCUGGACGUCCACACCUCGGUGAUGGAGGACUCCAUGAGCUCUGCGACCACGCUGACCACACCCCAGGACCAGGUGGAUGACCUGAUCGUCCAGAUAGCAGAGGAAAGCGGUCUGGAGGUGAUGGACCAGCUCAGCCAGCUGCCGGCCGGGGCCUCCUCUCUGGGGGAGGCCUCCUCCUCCUCUCGGGCCCAGGACAAGGAGGACCAGCUCUCACGCAGGCUGGCUGCGUUGCGGAACUGAAGCCACGGUGUUUGUCCUGGAGGAGGGCUGGCAGGCUGACAGCUGCUGGGGAGCAGACAGGCGGAGUGGGGUGGUUCUGUUGAACAGUUCAUACAGUGAGGACUUAAUGAGCCUAUUGAUUUCCAUCCCCGAGUCUAUUUAUACCCCCACACACACUCUCACACGCAGCCACUCUGGAUAUAACACCUGAGAGGGCUUGUGUCUCUCUCUCUCUCUCUCUCUCUCUCUCUCUCUCUAUUGAUCCCCACCUUUCAUUUUUGGUCUCAACCCAUGAUUGUCUCUCUACCUCCCUUUCUCACCACCUUUCACGGCUCUGUUCCACGGCUCUGUUCCACAACUACCAAUUAUUUUUUAUUUUGUUCCCCCAUUUGUCCUGUACUGUCUCUCUGUCUUUUAAUCCCAGACUGUUUGCUCGUAUCUUGUGUACAAAAAGAAAAAAACCUGUUUUACAGAAUGUACAAAAACGUAUAAUGGUUAAAUAGAUACAUUUGGUUUUCUAUAUGAAUGACUGUCUGCUUUGAUGGUGGUGGUUUCCUGUAGCAAGAGAGGGGACACAGCUGGAGGUAUAAAGGACAGUGGUCAUGUCCCUUUGUUGUGGUGAAACACCCCUAAUACUGUAGUACCCAUAAACAACACUAACAGACAUGGUCAUUUUGACUCAUAAUCACAAGACUCCCUGUAGUCUCCUCCCCUCAUGAGCGUCAUUUUAGAAAAUAUCAACAUUUGUUUUUUAUAGAAUAUGGGCAAAGCCUCACUCAUAAAGCAUACAUUUCUCUAGAGCACACAUUUUCUCAAUUAUUAUUUUUUUGUUCUCAUUAUUAUUUGUUGGUUUAAAGCUGUUGUUUUUAUCGUUUUUGCUGCCUUUGUUGGUUUGCUGUUGAACAUGUACGCCUUACUGGGAUGCAGGUGCUUGCCUGGAUGCUCUCCUUAGUGCCUGAGUCAGAUACAGUCAUAGGAGAACAGUAGUCAUGGGCUCUUAUAUAUCUACACAGACGAUGAUGUGUUGCUAUAGAAACAAGGAUAUCCAUUUUCCUCCCUGUCCCUGCCACACAUACAUCAUGAUGGACAGGGGGUGUUCCCAACAGUCAGACAAAGUUAUGGUGAUGUUGGACUAACGCUCCUGGAUACUGGUCUGGGAUCAGUUUGAUCCGCUGGAAAACGGGUGAUUUUCCCAGUGGAAGCUGGUCCUAGACCUGUGUGUAGGGUCAGCUUACAUCACCUUGGAGGAUGGUUUUCCUUUCAUGUGCAAUGAGGAGGGAUAUUUCUAUUCAGUCAUGAAAACUUUUCAGCGCUUUUGUUUUUGUAUAUUUAUCUUGUCAAAAUAAAAGCCCUCUGCUAUAAA